AUGAGUGACAGAAAUGAAAAUGCUGCAGAACUUGGGUUGAAUUUGAACCUAUCUCCACCAAGGAUAGUUGACAAUAGCAAUCAAUCUGCAACUCAAUCACCAGCAGUUUUACCAGCAUCACCAUCAAACUCAUGUGUGUCCACUGAGCUUAACCAAGAUGACAGUAACAACAACAAUGUUGAAAACCCUAACAACCCAGAAGCUAUUUCCCUUAAACUAGUGGGAUGCCCUAAUUGUCUCAUGUAUAUGAUGAUCAAUGAGGAUAAACACCAUUGCCCCAGAUGCAAGAACACCACUUUGAUUUAUUUUCCUGAUGACAAAAACCCUGUCAUAAGAAAUGGAUAA